UUUUUUCCCUGUUAUAAUCAUUUCUCUCUCAAACUUUAAAGUUUUGGGUUGAACAGAUUUUAAAGAUGGCUGCUUGAAGCACUUGGUGAAACACACUGUGCCUCCUUCUGUUUUAUGGGAUAUAUUUGCAGUGAUUAGGUACAUAAUGGAUAUUUCAGACUACACAAGAAUUGUUUUGGAUAAGAUUCAGAAAUUUGAACCAGAAAAUGCCACAAAGAUCAUUGGCUAUCUCCUUUUACAUGACCUUGGAGAGCAGGAAUUGGCUAAAUUAGCUUCAUGCCCUGACCAUAUGAUACGCGAAAUCGCGUUUAAGGCCAAAACCGAGGUACAAAAUUUGGCUGCUAAAUCUGUCAUACUUUCAAGCUCACCUCCUAUUAACCCUCAACCAAGCCACUUACCCAUAAUCUCCCCAAGAACGACUACUCCAUCAAGCUUUCAGGCUCAUACCCCUAACUUUUGGGAGGCACAGGCGGCUAACAGUGUUAACCCAGAGUUUAUGUCAAUGGGUUACAUAGAUUCAAUUCCAGAACUUCAGAAGCAGAGCCAGCUUUUGUGUGCAGAGAAUCAUAUAGAUCCUUCUAAUGCUGGGGCUGUAGGGAUUGGCAAUGAUUACUUUAGCUUAGAUGCUUCAAAUUUGAAUUUCAAUGGAAAAUCUGGUAGGAGGUUUGGUGUGUCUGAAUUUCCCGUCAAGACAUGUCACUAUUUCAACAAAGGAUACUGUAAGCAUGGAAGUAGUUGUAGAUACUAUCAUGGACAAGUUGCAGCUGAGAACUUCCCUCAGAUAAAUGGGAAUGGUGAUGAUCAAGGAGGAUUGUCGGGCUCGCUUGCGCAGUUAGAGGCAGAACUUAUUGAGCUUCUAAGGCCAAGGAGAGGCAAUCCUAUUUCCAUUGCUUCCCUUCCAAUGGCAUAUUAUGAGAAAUACAAAAAGGUGCUUCAGGCAGAAGGUUAUCUAACUGAGAGCCAGAGACAUGGUAAAUCGGGAUAUAGUUUAACAAAGCUUCUUGCACGGUUGAAAAAUAGUAUACGACUAAUAGACAGACCUCACGGGCAGCAUGCUGUGGUUCUGGUGGAAGAUAGGUACUUGGAAAGAGGAGAUCCCAGUCAAAAUAUAAGCGCAUCAAGACAAAUAUAUUUGACAUUUCCAGCAGAUAGCACUUUCACAGAACAGGAUGUCUCAGACUACUUCAAUUCCUUUGGGCGGGUUGAAGAUGUCAGGAUUCCAUCCCAACAGAGAAGGAUGUUUGGUUUCGUGACAUUUGUUGAUCCAGAAACUGUUAAAAUGAUAUUGGAAAAAGGAAAUCCUCACUAUGUACGUGGCUCACGUGUGCUUGUGAAACCUUACCGGGAGAAGUCAAAGCUUAUAGACAGGAAAUAUUCAGAGAGAGUUGAGCCUCCGGUUGUUUGUUCACCACAUUAUGUAGACAUGGACUUUGAAGCUACCCCAAUGCCAAGCUAUGGGAACCCUAGAUUUCUGAGGAGACAGCUCAUGGAUGAGCAAGAACAGGUCCUUGAAUUUCAGAGACAUCUUGCUGAGCUGCAGCUGACCCAAAAACCUCUGUCAAGCUCCCCUCAUUUCGGAUGCUCCUUGGACCAGUUAAAUGUUUCAGAAGAUCAUUUCAAUUUUCAUCCUGCAGAAUCUCUCAAUUAUGCUCUAAAUGACAAGCCCGGGCAUACAGACACCAGUUGUGCCGAUGAAGACAGAGGUCAAGGAAUCGAUCUCCCAGAGAGCCCAUUUUCAUUUCCAGUAGAUAGUGGAAUUUCAACAGUCAUAUAGAUUCCGAAGGAAAAGGACUUUGGAGAGACACAGAGUUAAAAUUGCACCAGCCAAAAAAAAAAAAAAAAAGAGAAACAUCUUUAGUUUUGCUUUCUUUCCCCCCCAGUUUUCUGAAGCACAGGCCAUAUCAUCAGUUUCCUUUGUCGAGUAGCUCGUCGACUAAGCCUCUGUUCAGCUCCAACAGAUACAUACUAGCGAAAGAAGAAGAAGAACAAGAAACAAGGAAGAAUUUCCUCUUUAGUUCCUGACAAUGGGUGUCUGACAAAUAGAAAUAUGAUAUGAUAUAUGUAAGAAUGUUAUAGUUUUUUGGGUAAUAUAUCACGAGUUCUACUUGUCAAAAGGCUGAGUUAACAAGACUGUUCUAGAUUGUCACUUCAGAGUGAAAGGCUCAAUCUUUUGAAAUGUAGUGUUCUAUAGAUGAGUUACCCUAAUGUUUUUUAGUUACAGGAAGAAGGCAAAGGGUUUGGUUUUUAGCUAGGAAGAUCCUUAUGCAGUCAUUUAGUAUAUGAAAGAAACUACAUCGUAGUUUUCUUGUUGAAGUAUCUUGGAAUUUGUGGAUCUGGACAGAGAUGAACCAUUUGAAUUACUUACUGAUAAAAGUUUUAAUAAUAAUAGCUUACACUACUUCUAUCUGAAGUGUUUGUCA